AUGACGGCUCAGACACCAGCUCAAAAGCCAUACCUCGGUGUCACACCGCCUAUAUCGACGGCAGAAUCAAAUGAAAGAGAAAAAGAGGUCACAGUGACGCUCAUGGAGGAACUGAGGCGUCAGAAUACCUUCGAGUCAGAGGAGGAAGCGAGGACCAGAGAGAUUGUGCUUGGACGUGUCGCUGCUCUAGUCAAGAAGUUUGUGUAUAAGAUUUCGAUUGCUCGUGGGCUGUCGGAGAGUGCUGCCCAAGCAGCCGGUGGCAAGAUCUUCACGUUUGGUUCGUAUCGACUGGGAGUGCACGGGCCCGGCUCCGAUAUCGAUACCUUGUGUGUGGUACCGAAGCAUGUUACGAGAGAGGAUUUCUUCGAUACCUUUGAGCCGAUGCUCAAAGAGAUGGAGGGCGUGACCGAGGUUUCGGGUGUACCAGAAGCAUACGUUCCUAUCAUCAAAACCGAGAUCGACGGCAUCCCUCUUGACUUCCUCAUGGCCCGUUUAAAUCUGGCUUCAAUACCCGACGACCUUUCCCUGCAAGACGACAACCUUUUGCGAAAUUUGGAUGAGCGAUGUGUGAGAAGUUUAGGCGGCUCCCGUCAAGUUAAUGAAAUUCUCAGACUUGUACCGAAUGUGGACGUGUUUCGAGAUGCUUUGCGGUGUAUAAAGCUUUGGGCUCAACGGAGAGCGAUUUAUUCGAAUGUUAAUGGUUUUCUGGGUGGCGUCGCUUGGGCGUUGCUUGUCGCCCGAAUAUGUCAGUUAUACCCAAAUGCCCUCGCGGGUGCUAUCGUCAGCAGGUUCUUCAUCAUCAUGUACCAAUGGUCAUGGCCCCAGCCCGUGCUCCUGAAACAGAUUGAAGAUGGCCCGCUCCAGGUCAGAGUGUGGAAUCCAAAGUUAUACCCCGCUGAUCGAGCGCAUCGAAUGCCCAUCAUCACGCCCGCAUAUCCUUCCAUGUGUUCGACUCACAACGUCACUGCAUCGACCCAAAUGAUCAUGACGGAGGAGUUUAAGCGAGGAGCGGACAUCGUCGACAGAGUGAUUGUUGGUACAGCACAGUGGUCGGAGUUGUUUGCGAAGCACGACUUUUUCCACAAGUAUCGUUACUACCUUCAGAUUAUCGCCUCGACUGGGGACCCCGACUUGCAGAACAAGUGGUCAGGGACUGUUGAAUCCAGGAUACGACAACUGGUGAUGAAGCUCGAAUAUGUGGAAUCGCUGAUUCUUGCACAUCCCUUCAUCAAAGGUUUCGAUCAGGUUUCGUACUGCUUGAACGAAGAUGAAGUCAAGGCAGUCGUCCAGGGUGAAAUCUCUGAAGCCAUUGCCAGCCGGAAGAAGGAAGACAUUGAGGGCAAGGAAGGCUCUCAAACAGUGUACACCACCACCUUCUAUAUUGGUCUCGCCAUCCAACCGAAGCCCGCGGGUGCUGUUGGGCCUCGACGGUUAGACAUAUCAUAUCCUACACAAGACUUCUCGAAGCUAGUGAAGAUGUGGGACAAGUAUGAUGAAUCAAAGAUGGGGAUUAUUGUCCGCCACAUCAAGAGCUCUGCACUACCCGACAACGUCUUCGAUCCUGGCGAGCGGCCUGCCAAGGUGACGCAGAAGAGAGUGAAGGGGAAGUCGAGUAACAUCUCUUCAGAGCAGCCCAAUAAGCGACAACGGUCCUCUACAUCAGUUGCAGACACGAUACGUCCCACUGAGAAUGGAACCUCGACAGGCACGACACCUGUCGUUGAGACGCUUGUAAGGCCCUCUUUCAACGGCAACCCUCUACCUGCUGCGGGGACCGUGCAAUCUUAA